CUCGCCUUUGAAUACUGCGGAUUUGGAUCUUAAAAUCGCUUCCCUUCUCUCGCUGCUUUGAAUUCUGCUGAUUCGGAUCUUAAAUUCACUUUCUUUCUCUCGGAGAAAUCAAAUUCCUGGAAUUGCAUCUCUCUCUCUCUCUCUCUCUCUCUCUCUCUCUCUCAUAGAGAAUGUAAGCUUUUCCUUUUUUUCUGUUUAUCGAAUUUCAAUUUAGUUUCUUCCUCUGCUAAUUCAAACCCUAGUUUUCGAGAGAGAUCCGAAGCACUCGAAGCUUUUCAUCCGAUCUGUUCUGUCGCAAUGAAGUCAGAGACGCGCCUCGAUUCGGCAGUUUUUCAGCUCACGCCUACUCGAACUAGAUGUGAUUUGGUUAUUACAGCAAAUGGAAAGAUGGAAAAGAUUGCUUCAGGGCUGUUGAACCCUUUUCUUGCCCACUUGAGCACAGCCCAAGAUCAGAUUGCCAAGGGAGGUUAUUCAAUUGCACUUGAACCGGGACCUGGAAGUGAUGUGUCAUGGUUUACGAAGGGCGCUGUUGAGAGGUUUGUUCGGUUUGUGAGCACGCCUGAGGUCUUGGAGCGAGUGAAUACUAUAGAAUCUGAGAUCUUACAGAUUGAUGAAGCAAUUGCUAGUCAGAGCGUUGACAAUCCAGGGUUGAGCACUCAGGUGGAAGGUCAUCAAGCAAGAUCCACAGAAAGCAUUGAAGGUCGCAAGCCCAUUGUUGAUACUAAUGCAGAUAAAGCAAUUGUUCUUUUCAAGCCCGGCGUACAAACAGCUGAAUCAAAUGGUUCCACCACACAAGAGGAGACCUCGAAAGUCCAGCUUUUGAGAGUGCUCGAGACACGCAAAACUGUGUUGCAGAAAGAACAGGGCAUGGCCUUUGCACGUGCUGUAGCUGCGGGUUUUGACAUGGAUCAAAUGACACAGUUGAUAUCAUUUGCCGAAUGCUUUGGGGCAACGCGUUUGAGAGAAGCAUGCUUGAGGUAUAUGGAAUUGUGGAAGCAAAAGCAUGAAACUGGACAAUGGCUGGAAAUUGAGGCAGCCGAAGCAAUGUCUACUCAAUCAGAUUUCUCUUCUAUGAAUGCUAUGGGCAUUGUGCUCUCUGGUGAUGUUAUGAAGCAGAAGGAAUUCAGGGAACCAUGGCCUGAAUCCCACGUUGAGUUGGGCAAGGAGACCAAUGAGAAAAGUAAUGAUGCCAAUGCAGAUCAAAGGCCUCCCAUCCAUUCCCAGGUUCCUUCAGGCCCUCAUGAAUAUUUUCAAGGCAACUUUCAACAUCCUAUGUAUCCCCAGUGGCCUAUUCAUUCUCCACCGGGUGCUCCAGUCUUUCAACAGUAUCCUAUGCAAGGGGUGCCUUACUAUCAGAACUAUCCGGGAAAUGCCCCAUUUUUCCAGCCACCGUAUCCUCCAAUGGAGGAUCCCAGAUUCAAUGCUGCACAAAGAAUGGGGCAUAAAAGGCAUUCCAUGGAUAGUAAAGAUAGCAAUAUCGAGUCAGAAAGUUCGGAAAUGGGUACUUCCACUGCAAAAUCACAAGAUGGUGGAGAUCAAAACAUGUCAGAGUUAGAGAAAGAAGACUUACAGAUUCGAAUACGGAGGAAAAAAGUUGGUCGAUCAGGUAAGAAACAACCGGGCAUGGUUGUUAUUCGAAACCUCAAUUAUAUUACUUCGAAGAAGCACGACUCAUCAGGAAGUGAGUCUCAAUCAGCUUCGGAACCCGAGACCAAUGAAGAUGAUGAUGAUUUGCAGUCUGAUGCUCCAGUAAGGAAUCAUAAGAACUCUGUGAGAUCUGCAAAAGGUAAAGGAAGUCAUUCCAAGUUUACCAAUACUCGGAGUUCAAAUGAUGGGGAUAGUGCAGUUUAUGGACAGGAUGCUAAUGGUGAAAACUGGCAGGCUUUUCAGAAUUUUCUAUUGCGAGAUGAUGAAGAGAAAACAGAUUUUUCUGAUAGAGGCAUGUUUUCUGCUGAAAAAGAGGUCACUGUAAAGAGGCAACAAAGUAGAGUUGUGGAAGAUCCUAUACUUCCUCCUGAACGAAAUUUGACCACAGUUCCAAACCAGAGAAUGUCUGAAUUUGAUAUAGUGAGUGGCCAGGCAGUGAUCUAUAAGCAGAGGGCAUCAAAUGAUGAAUCGGCAAUUUCUCAUGAAGGGUUCCAUCCUAGUGGAGGAUUGAGAGAUAGCCAGCUGGAUGUGCAGUUCACAGAAACAGAAAGUGGCGGUGGAAGGUAUAGAAGGGCAAAUGAUGCUUUCAUGAUAUAUGAACAUGGAAAUAAGAGUGGCACUACGAAUUAUCUACCUGAUCCGCUUGCCGGAAAUGAAUUUUGGCCUGCUGAUAAUUUGGAUAAAAGAUCAAAUAACGUAACAGAUGAAUCAUUCAUAGUUCCUUUUAGGUCAAGCUCGCAAGAUCAAGUUGGAACAGACAGCAGAGCUGCCAUCGAUAUGGGUUCCGAGUUCUCAUCGUCUCUUCAGAGAACAGAAGAUUCUUCCAAUAUGAUUAGAAGCCAACUCAGCUAUGAACCAGAUGACUUGAGUAUGAUGCCAGAGCGUGGAGUAGAAAGGGAGUCUAUUGGUUAUGAUCCAGCUAUAGAUUAUGAAAUGCAGCUUUGUGCUGAAGAUGCCAAAGUGUUUGAGAAUGUAAACCCAGAAGAAGCGACGGGUGGUAAGGAAGGAUUGAAGAAGUUAGACAAGGAAAAGAAGUCAAGAGCGCAAGAUGCUUUAGAGAAAAGGAAGAUGGAGGCGGCGAUGAGGAAGGUAAAGCCAUCAAAGUAUAGUCCUUUAGCUGAAGCAAAAGAACGUGCUGAGAAGUUACGCAUGUUCAAAGCUGAUAUUCAGAAAAUGAAGAAAGAACAGGAGGAGGAAGAAGUAAAGCGGUUAGAAGCUUUAAAGAGAGAGCGGCAAAAGAGAAUCGCUGCGAGAGGUGGCUCAAACCCUGCUCAAUCGCCACUGCCCUCUCAGCAGACCGGAACCCAAUUGCCAACAAAGCGUACAACAGGCUCGAAUAAAGGGCCGAAAUCCAGCGACUCUUCUUCACCUAUACAAAAGUUGUCUACCAGGACUGCUGUGGGGUCAGGUGGUUCUCAGAAAACCACAAGGCCUAGCAGCAGAUUAAAUGGUGUACACCCGGCUGGAAGUGGGUUAACCCAAUCAAUGUCAUCGUUAACAGAGCUGAAGCAUGAUAAUGACAGUCACAUGCCCAAAGACUCAGAACCAAAGGCAGCCUCAAUCCGAACUAGAAGACUAUCAGACCCUAAAGGCAGCAGCGGCCAUCAGGUUUCUCUGAAAUCAGGAGGCAGUGAUAAAGUACCAAAGCCAAAAGUAUCUGGUGAACCUGAAAGCAAGAAGAUCUCUUCAAUUACAAGCCUUGACAGAACUAAAUCUGCAACACUACCAGAAAUGAAGAUUAGAACACCAAGAAGCAAUUUGGAUCAGAACAACUCAACUACAAGGGGGACAGUGCAGAAGAGCAAUGUUAGCGGAUCUUCUGUGACUUCUGAAAGUAUCAAACUGAAAAAAAGUAAUGAGAAGACAUCGCAUCAAUUGGAUGAUAACUCUGUUAUUGAGAAGACCGUUGUGAUGCUUGAAGAUGAGAUGCCUGCCAUUCCCAUUGUGCAGGCAUCUGAAGAAAAGAUAGAGAUAGAGAGAGGUUCAUAUGGUGAUGAUACUGAAGAGAAGACUGAGGUUGUAGCAGAAUAUGCAGCUAUUGGUGCACCGCCUUCCCCUAUUGUCAUUGGUGAAGUUGGUCAAGACCCUAGCAAAUUCCAGCUUGACAAGCAGCCUAAAUCUAAUGAGGUGACACUAGAUUACACAGGGGAUGAAAUGCCGAAUGCUUCCAGUAUCGGGGUUGCUGAAACCCCAUAUCAUGCGCCUUAUGCUCGAAACUUAUCACUGGAAGAUCCAUGCACCAGCAAUUUAGAAUGCAGUAAAACAACAACAAUAAAUUCUGAAAUGGCAACAAGCACUGAGACUGUCAAACUGCGCAUAUCUGAUUUUACUGACCCAAAUUUCCAAGAAGAAAUUUCCAAAGAAGUGGAGAAGCCGCGUGGUAAGGAAUCCUCGAAAGGUUUCAGACGACUCCUUAAGUUCGGAAGAAAGAACCAUAGUUCAGCUGUGACUGAACCUAACGUGGAUUCAGAUAACUUGAGCAUUGACAGCUCAGCUGUUGAUGAACAUAUUGCAACUACCGCUUCUUCUAGUGAAGUUCAUAUGCUGAAGAAUCUUAUCCCCCAAGACGAUGUCCCCAUUGGAGGCACUGCACAAAAGGCUUCCCGCCCUUUCUCGUUACUGUCGACUUUCCGGAGCAAGACCGGUGAGAAGAAGCUGAUGACAUGACGAGGGCCCCCCAAAAUUUAAGGUCAGGAUGAAAAAAUGCAUGGUUUCUUUCAUCGAUUGUUUAUUUGUGUUUGAUAAGCCGGAAAUGCCGAGAUGAUUUGAUUGAUGUGUGUUUAUAGUUGUAAUUGUUUUGGCUCUUAACCAUAUUGGUGUAAAAACUGCAUUCUUCAUAUUCAUUUUUAAUGUUCAUAUUAUUAUGUAUGGUUUGUA